GUUCCUUCUCACCCAACCCAGCAGCAGCAACACAAAUGUUUCCCCUUUUUCCUCAAACCAAUGCGCAGCAACGAUAGCAGAUCGGAGGAGUGGGGAAGAGAGGAGGGGCGAUGAUGGCUGGGGCCUCACUGCCGCCGCCGUCCAGCUCAACGCCGCCGCACCCUACCCGUUUCCCUUCCUCCCCUUAUUCAUGCGACACAUAGCAGCAGCAGCUGCCAAACGAAGCAAAGAAAGAAAGAGGGAACGGAGUGCGGCAGGGAGAAGAAGGAGAAGAGGAGACGCGUCAGAGCCGUGGGGCCUCACGGCCACCGUCGCGUUGUGCCGCCGCGUUCCACGCCUUGCCGCCACCGUUGUACACCGAAGGAAGAAAGAGAAAGAGACGUGGAGUCAGCGUCGCGCAGAGAAGGACUUGCCGCCAGCUCCGUCGUCCUCACCACUUUGCCACCGUCAAGCUCGCAAUCUUGGAGGGAGCACAGCGCCGCCGUGAGUCGUGACCAGAAGAGAGUGAGAGACCAAGAGAGGGGCGUGGAGUUGGCGACGCCUAGGAGGACACUCGCCGCUGCCGUCACGCGCCAUCGUGCGCCGUCACUGCGGUCUGAGCGGUCACCAUCCCUUCCGUUCUGAUGCUUUGGUCCGCCGCCGCCACUACUGGAGAUCCGCUCGAUCUGGUCUGAGGGAAAGGAAGAGGUUCAGACCGCCACUGCUACUCGCGUCUGGAACUGCUGCAUCAACCAUUGUCGCAGGUGUCGCUGUUGUUGUCAUGGCCGCCGCCGCGCCUUUGGCUGCCGGGAGCGGUAAUGUGGCCGCCGGAGAAAACUGCCUUGGCCACGGAAACCAUCGCCGUCGCGGUUGUCGUGGUCGGAAUUCGUCUCUGCUGCCGCUUGAGGUGGCUGUCGGGCUACCGUUGAACCGGUUCAUAGACCGCCACUGUUCCGGUUCAGCCGCUCCUUCUUCGUUCGUGUUGUUGUGGUUACCGCGGGAGUGGCUUGGAGCCAAGGUUGCAGUUAUUGGUGAUCUCGGUUUAAGAGAGGAGAUUCCUGUGACGCGUUUGGGUUAUGGAAUUGCGUUUUGAGGUAGGGGUGCUUUUCAAAAGCAAUGUUUUAUGUAUUGAAAUUAUUACAUAUGGAUAUUGAUGCGAGAUAUUGUGUUUGUGGUGAUUCUAUAUGCCUUAUGUAUUAUUUGAUUGACUCGAAUGUUUAUGGAUGUUGGUUUGGCUGAAUUGUUGUGCGGUUUUGUAAAA